AUGGCUGUCGGGAGGUCCUUCCUCCCGGGCUCCCCCAGCCCAUCCCGGGCAGACCGCUACUCCGGGGGGGGUCCCCGCCGGCCGGGGGUCCCCCACCCCGCCACUCUCCCACCCUUCUCGCGGCUCAAAGACCGCCUGGCGCCAGGGGCUUCAGGCCUAAGCGGCUCCCCGAGCGCAACGACGCGACGCACAGACGCGACGCGACGCGGCGAGCGCGCCGCCGCAACCAGCCUCCGGGACGUUGGUGUGAUACGGUGUCCAGUGUGCCGCCAGGAAUGCAGACAGAUAGACCUUGUGGAUAAUUAUUUUGUGAAAGACACAUCUGAAGCCCCUAGCAGUUCUGAUGAGAAGUCAGAACAGGUAUGUACUAGUUGUGAAGACAAUGCAAAUGCCGUUGGCUUUUGUGUAGAAUGUGGAGAGUGGCUGUGUAAGACCUGUAUUGAAGCACAUCAGAGAGUCAAGUUCACUAAAGAUCACCUGAUCAGGAAGAAGGAAGAUGUCUCAGAGUCUGUUGGAACAUCUGGUCAGCGUCCGGUUUUCUGCCCUGUACACAAACAAGAGCAGCUGAAACUUUUUUGUGAAACAUGUGAUAGACUGACCUGUAGAGACUGCCAGCUAUUGGAGCACAAAGAACAUAGGUAUCAGUUUUUGGAAGAAGCAUUUCAAAAUCAGAAAGGUGCAAUUGAGAAUUUAUUGGCUAAGCUUCUUGAGAAGAAGAAUUACGUUCAUUUUGCAGCUACCCAGGUACAGAAUAGUGAAGUUCUUCUUCCAUUUCAGAAUGUUACGAAAGAAAGACAGAUGAAGCUCCUGCAGCAGCAGAGUGACAUCACGGGCCUCUCCCGGCAGGUGAAGCAUGUCAUGAACUUCACAAACUGGGCGAUUGCAAGUGGCAGCAGCACUGCUCUGCUGUACAGCAAGCGGCUGAUUACUUUUCAGUUGCGUCAUAUUUUGAAAGCGCGGUGUGAUCCUGUCCCUGCUGCUAAUGGAGCCAUACGUUUCCAUUGUGAUCCCACCUUCUGGGCAAAGAAUGUAGUCAAUUUAGGUAAUCUAGUAAUAGAGAGUAAACCGGCUCCUGGUUACACUCCUAAUGUGGUGGUUGGGCAAGUUCCUCCAGGGACAAACCACAUCAGUAAAACCCCUGGACAGAUUAACCUAGCACAGCUUCGACUCCAGCACAUGCAACAGCAAGUGUAUGCACAGAAACAGCAGCAGUUGCAGCAGAUGAGGAUGCAGCAACCACCAGCCCCUGUACCCACCACAACAGCCACUGCUCAGCAGCACGCCAGACAGGCGUCCCCACAAAUGUUACAGCAGCAGCCUCCAAGACUGAUCAGUGUGCAGACAAUGCAGCGAGGCAACAUGAGCUGUGGGGCUUUCCAGGCCCAUCAGAUGAGGCUGGCGCAGAACGCCGCCAGGAUUCCAGGCAUCCCCCGACACAGCGGCCCUCAGUAUUCCAUGAUGCAGCCACACCUCCAAAGACAACAUUCAAACCCCGGGCAUGCCGGACCCUUUCCUGUGGUAUCAGUACACAACACCACAAUUAAUCCAACGAGCCCUACUACAGCAACUAUGGCAAAUGCAAACCGAGGUCCUACCAGCCCAUCUGUUACAGCCAUAGAGCUAAUCCCCUCAGUUACAAACCCAGAGAACCUUCCUUCCCUGCCAGAUAUUCCUCCUAUACAGUUGGAAGAUGCUGGAUCAAGUAGUUUAGAUAAUCUACUAAGUAGAUACAUUACAGGCAGCCACCUACCCCCACAGCCUACAAGCACCAUGAACCCUUCCCCUGGACCCUCUGCCUUAUCUCCAGGAUCAUCAGGUUUAUCAAAUUCUCACACACCUGUGAGGCCCCCUAGUACCUCCAGUACCGGCAGUCGAGGCAGCUGUGGAUCGUCAGGGAGAACUGCUGAGAAGACAGGUCUUAGUUUCAAGUCAGAUCAAGUGAAGGUCAAGCAGGAACCUGGGAUGGAAGAUGAAGUGUGCAGCUUCUCCGGGGCUGUGAAGCAAGAGAAGGCCGAAGACGGCAGGAGGAGUGCCUGCAUGUUGAGCAGCCCCGAGAGUAGCUUGACACCACCUCUCUCAACUAACCUGCAUCUAGAGAGUGAGCUGGACACAUUAGCCAGCCUAGAGAACCACGUGAAGACUGAGCCCACUGACGUGAAUGAAAGCUGCAAACAGUCUGGGCUCAGUGGCCUAGUAAAUGGAAAGUCUCCAGUGCGAAGCCUCAUACACAGGUCGGCCAGGAUUGGAGGAGAUGGCAGCAGCAAAGAUGAGGACCCCAACGAGGACUGGUGUGCCGUCUGCCAGAAUGGAGGGGAUCUGUUGUGCUGUGAAAAGUGUCCAAAGGUCUUUCAUCUAACUUGUCAUGUUCCAACACUUCUUAGCUUUCCAAGUGGGGACUGGAUAUGCACGUUUUGCAGAGAUAUUGGGAAGCCAGAAGUUGAAUAUGAUUGUGAUAAUUUGCAGCACAGCAAGAAGGGGAAAACCGUACAGGGACUGAGCCCUGUGGACCAAAGGAAAUGUGAACGCCUUCUGCUUUACCUCUAUUGCCAUGAAUUAAGUAUUGAAUUCCAGGAGCCUGUUCCUGUUUCGAUACCAAACUACUACAAGAUAAUAAAGAAACCAAUGGAUUUGUCCACCGUGAAAAAGAAACUUCAAAAAAAACAUUCCCAACAUUACCAAAUCCCAGAUGACUUUGUGGCUGAUGUUCGUCUGAUCUUCAAGAACUGUGAAAGGUUUAAUGAAAUGAUGAAAGUUGUUCAAGUUUAUGCAGACACACAAGAGAUUAAUUUGAAGGCUGACUCAGAAGUAGCACAGGCAGGGAAGGCAGUGGCAUUGUACUUUGAAGAUAAACUCACAGAGAUCUACUCAGACAGGACCUUCGCACCUUUGCCAGAGUUUGAGCAGGAGGAGGAUGACGGUGAGGUGACUGAGGACUCUGACGAAGACUUUAUUCAGCCUCGCAGAAAACGCCUGAAGUCAGACGAGAGGCCAGUGCACAUAAAAGAACAGACUUCUCAGAAAAUCUUCAGAAGCAGCUUAUUACUGAAAUACCACAAUAUUGAAAUAAAACCCGGUGGGGUUUAGAUCCCUCAUCUGUCCACCAAGUGGGACAUUUGCCUGGACUUGGGGCUUGAAAAGACCUAGAAGAAUCCUGUGUGUAAGUGCAGGAAAUAAGCCACUCUCCCCUGGACUGGCGUCCACAGUGCACCCAGCCUGCCUGGCAGUGGAAGCAGACAACCAGCUUGGCUUUGGUUCAUUUCUCUUCACUCGUGUUGCUCAGACUCAAAACGUGUGUUCUAGACUUUGUGCAGGCUUCUCUUUUGUUGGAUUAAAAUUUUUAGUCCUGCUUUUAUGUGGAUACAUUAGAAUGAAAAGUGACCAAAAUAGAAGAAUUUCCCAUUAGAUGUUUUUCAGAUGUCAGCAGAUUUGUGGCAAAUCAUUUGCCUUUUUAGUAACUCCACUGAAGCAGUUCAGACCACAGACUACUCAGAAAAUUGACCUGAUUGUCUAAAAAGUAAAUUUUUUUAGUUCGCAUUGGAUCAAAUAAAGUAUUCUAAAGAAAUUAUCAUA